AUGUUUGCUGCACGCCAUGGCGGCAGUCUUCUGCGGACGUGUCUCUCGCUGAGCUCUAGACCGGCCACUGCGCCAUCCAAGGUCUCGUUUCUGCAGGGCUCCAGCUCACAAAUUCGCAAAUUGGCAACAGAAGUUGCAGCCCCGAACCAAGUCCAUGAAGCGUUGACGCGGACGUCGAAUCUCUUCAAGACAUACAAGCCUAUUACUCCUGGUCGUCGCCACCUACGACGACCCCUCAAUGAACACCUUUAUGAAGGACGUCCCCUGCGUCUGCUGACGGUGCCGCUAAGGAAGAAAGGCGGACGAAACAGCACUGGCCGUAUUACCGUCCGCCAUCGCGGCGGCGGCCACAAGCGGCGUAUACGGCUUGUUGACUUUAUGCGCACCGAGCCGGGCCCCCACCAGGUCGUGCGCAUUGAGUACGACCCCGGGAGGUCGGCACACAUCGCACUACUCUACAAUCCGGAUCCCAACGUGAGUGGCCGGAAGAAAUGGAGCUAUAUCCUUGCGCCCGAGAACAUCAAGGCCGGAGAUGUUGUGGAGAGCUUCAGGAACGGCGUGCCCGACGGGUUAGUGCCGGGGUACGUCGACUCGAAGGACAAGCGCGGCAAGCUUCUCGACACUGGCGUCGGGAGCGACACGUCCACAACCACCGCCUCACUCGCGCUUGGCUUGCUACGUUCGCGCACGAUCAAGCCGGGCAACGUCCUGCCUUUGCGGCUCAUCCCUACCGGCACUAUCAUCCACUGCAUCUCCCUCCACCCCGACAAGCCCGGUAUCCUCGUCCGGGCGGCGGGCACAUUCGCGCAGGUCGUGGCGCACGACGACGUGGGAAAGUACACGCUCGUGAGGCUGCAGAGCGGCGAAGUGCGCAAGGUGCUGCAGGACUGCUGCGCGACGGUGGGGAAGGUCAGCAAUCCGCUGUGGAAGAACCGUAGCUUAGGCAAGGCGGGGCGCGCUCGGUGGCUGGGCUGGCGGCCUACCGUGCGCGGUAUGGCUAUGAAUGCGUACGUGUCAUGUGACCAUCCCCACGGAGGAGGUCGUGGUAAGUCGAAGGGUAACAAGCAAGCGCGAUCUGUGUGGGGUUGGCUUGCACGUGGCCGGCGCACGAGGAAGCCCGGUCCCAAGGGUCCCAAGAACAGCAAUAAGAUGGUUGUACGGGAGAGACCUAGGGGGAAGGAGAAGCGGUCUAACUAG